AUGGCGUUGGGAAAAUCACAAGUAGGAGAGCUGGAGAGGUACCUUUCAUGUCUGUCCCCUGCAGAGGAGGAGGAGGAAGAAGAAGAAGUGGUUUGGUGGGGGGGGGGCUUGAGUCCAGGGAUCGAUCGAGUCAGUGGUUGGUUAAUACAAGGAACAGUGGACUGUCCUUCCGCCUCUACAGUGUCAGUUUUACGUCGAGAACGUUUCUUCAGAUACAUAAAAAAAGAUGGCAGACCUCCAGGUCGUCCUGGGAUGUUUGAUUUCACUGGAAAAGCAAAAUGGGAUGCCUGGGAGAAGCAGAAAGGUAAGAGCAAAGAGGAUGCCAUGAACGAGUACAUCAAGCUAGUGGAGAAGUUGAAGGAAAAAUAUGGAAUCUAACCUCACAUUAACCACAAACGAGCUGGAGCAAUGGCUGGAGAAAAGAGCAAUUGGAGAAGCUACUCUCAUUCCUCACCAUGAUGCUGUGAAGCGCCUUUAAACCCAAGAUCUGUGUCCUUACAACAGUCUAAAUAUAGUUGAUGGUUCCAGUAAAAUUAAGUUAAUUUGAAUAACCACAGACUCAUGAUCAAACACUCAUUAUAUCACCAUGUUUUAGUGAUUUUUCUCAAACAUGUAUCUGCACAGAGACCUACCAUUUCAAAAUAAAAUCAGUUUUCUCUGUA